UUUGACUUUUUUUUUUUCCGAGCACGCCCCACCCACUUCUCCUCUCACCCCAAAUGUAAGCCACUGCCUGGUUUAUUCUGUGGCGGUCAGACUGACAGGAACAUGGCGCUGAUGCAGGCUCCAGGGGGUCCCAGCCCUGGGCAGACCUGUGCCCUGAUCCUGAUCUUCACAGUGCUCCUGCAGGCCCUCUGUGUGACCGUGAGUUACGUGUACUUCACCAACGAGCUGAAGCAGAUGCAGGACAAGUACUCCAAAAGUGGCAUAGCUUGCUUCUUAAAGGAAGAUGACAGUUCUUGGGACCCUAGUGAUGACGAGGAUGUGAUCAACCCCUGCUGGCAAGUGAAGUGGCAGCUCCGUCAGUUUGUUAGAAAGAUCAUUUUGAGAACCUAUGAGGAAACCAUUCCUACAAUUACAGAAAAGCAACAAAGUAUUCCUCACCUAGAAAGAGAAAAAGGUCCUCAGAGGGUAGCUGCUCACAUAACUGGGACCAAUCGGAAAAGAAGCACAUUCCCAGUUUCAAGCUCCAAGAAUGAAAAAGCUUUGGGCCAGAAAAUAAAUUCCUGGGAGUCGUCAAGAAAAGGACAUUCAUUCUUGAAUAAUUUGCACUUGAGGAACGGAGAGCUGGUUAUCCAUCAAACAGGGUUUUAUUACAUCUAUUCCCAAACAUACUUUCGAUUUCAGGAAACUGAGGAAGUUUUGGGAACAGUUUCAACAGAAGAAAACAGAAAGAAAACCAAACAAAUGGUACAGUACAUUUACAAGUGCACAAGCUAUCCUGACCCUAUACUGCUGAUGAAAAGUGCUAGAAAUAGCUGUUGGUCUAAAGAUUCAGAAUAUGGACUGUAUUCCAUCUAUCAAGGUGGAAUAUUUGAGCUUAAGGAAAAUGACAGAAUUUUUGUUUCUGUAACUAAUGAGCAAUUGAUUGACAUGGACCAAGAAGCCAGUUUUUUCGGGGCCUUUUUAAUUGGCUAAAUGAUCUGCAAAGAAAAAACAGUGCCCCCAGAGUGACUUUUCACUUUUCAAAGUGAUACACUGUGAAAAGACUACAAAGGAGCUGACAAAAUAAGGAAGCCUGAGCAGAGAAGCCUCACCCAAAAGACUCUACAACACAGGCUUUUUUGGUCUCCCUGAAAAGUGACCGAUUGAUUCCAAGAAAGUGAAACUGAAAAAAGACCUUCUGGGACUCUACCUGAUACCAGCUUGUUAACAGAAAUCUAGAAGAUUCUCAGUUUACAAACAUUUGCGUAGCAAUUAACAUCUUCUGCCUUUACCAUCUACUCUUGUGAAGAUAACAGAAAGGUCAUGGUCAAGUGUAUGCAGUUGGCACACAGCGGGGCCUUGUGGGAGUUGUCCCAUACUUUCAGUUUGGAAAUAAGAAAAUUUCAUUCCAAAUUGUGUCAUUUCACUAAACAAAUUAAAGUUAUGUUUAGCGAACAAAGAAUUAUUUGGAUUGGCCAAAAAGUUCGGGCGGGUUUUUACAUACGAUCUUAUGUAAAAAGAUAAAGUUUGGGUUUUUACAUAAGACCGUAUGUAAAAACCCGCCCGAACUUUUUGGCCAACCUGGUAUUUCUGCCUGGCUUGUGAUUUUCACACCCAAAAGUCAGGCUGACCAAAAGCACUGAAGAUAUUUUUUGUUAAAAGACUCUAAAAUAAAUAAGCUAAUUAGCAACCGGGGAAUUUGGCCUCAUUGGAGCAGGGAGGACAACUGGGAAAGUCAGGGGGGUGGGGGUGAUGAAUGAACUGUUUGAUAUAUAACUUAUGAUAAAAAUUAAUUUUGACUUUUUUUUUUUUGAGGCAAGGAAUAUGACUUUAUUCGGAAAGUCGGCAGACCGAGAAGAUGGCAGACUAGUGUCUUCAAAAAACCAUCUUAUUGGGGUCUGGAUGCCAGUUUAUUUUAUAGAAUCAGGGAGGGGGAGGCUGUGAGGAAGUACAGUGAAAGGGCAGAAUAGAGAGAAAGGCUGUGAGGAAGUAAAGUGAAAGAGCAGAAUAGAGAGAAAGGCUGUGAGGAAGUAAAGUGAAAGAGCAGAAUAGAGAGAAAGGCUGUGAGGAAGUAAAGUGAAAUGGCCAUCAGUCUUGCAAAAGAUCUGGAAUAAACCAGCCUCAGUGAGGGGAUAUGUUCAUUUCAGCCAUUCACACAGGUGGGCAGGGCAGACUGUCUGCCUGUGAGCUGAACAGAGGCACUUUCGUUUAACAUUCAGGCAGAGGGGCAGUGUUCCCUGAGGCAGGCCAUCAUGUAUGAUUAUAAUAACAAAAGCAACAAAAAGUAAAGGUUACAGUCAAAGAAACAGAUCCAACAGGGAGUCUGAUUUACCCCAGUAAAAAUUCCCCAUCGUCAAUGUCCACUUCACAAUCUUGUGGAAAAAAGGGUGGUAAUGUUCUAACCUCUCCAUCAGUUGGAUCUUUCUGGGAGUAUCCACCAUAGGUGUCAGUGUUUGAAAUGUUGAGAUUUGUGUUUUGCUCCACUUUAGAAGUUUGACUCUAUAUUUUUAUACUAAAAUUGAAAAAUACAUUUCUUGUCCAGAAAUGACAUAUUAAAAUAUGUAGUUUUUGUGUAUCUCAUACUUAUGUUUUAUAGUAACAAGAUUACUAAUGAACAAUGGGGACAAGGACUUCUGAUCUCUUUUUCAUGAUAUCUUUUAUCUGACAUGUCUCACAGAAGAAGGAAGUAAACUGCUCACUUUUUACAUGUGAUUAAAAUAUAUCAGUCCUUUCCUUUAUGGUUAAUGCUUUUGUUACAGGUUGAAUUGUGUCCCCACAAAAGAUAUGUCAAAGUCCUACUCCCUGGGAGCUCAAAAUGUGACCUCAUUUUUCCAACAAUUAGUAAAGAUGAGGUCACAGUGGAAUAAGUCGGGUUGUUACUAUUGUAUAAUGUGACUGGAGUCCUCAUUAUUUAAAGAAGAAAAUUUGGAAACAGAAAUGGAGACCCACAGGGAGAACUUCCUGUGGCAACAGAAGCAGAGACUGGAGUGAUGAAGCUGCAAGCAAGGAACUGUAAGGAUUGACGGCCCUCGUCAGUAGCUCGGGAGACAAGAAAAGAUUCUACCCAGGUCCUCAGAAAUCUGCUGACACCUUGAUUUCUGACUCCUGGCCUCCGGAAAUGUGAGAGAAUAAAUUUCUGUUGUUGCAAGCCACCCAGUCUGUGGCACUUUGGUUCAGCAGCCCUAGGAAGCUAAUACAGCUUUUCAUACUGUGUUCAAGAAAUGUUUUGGUUUUUUUGUGGGGUUUUUUUUUUUGGUUUUUUUAACUGAUGUCACACAGAUAUCACCAUCUAAGAGUAUUUUUUUUCUGAAAUCUUUAAAGUUUGGCCUUUCAUAGUUUGAUACUGGGAUUCAACUGUAAUUUAAUUCGUGUGUGAUGAGCUAGGGAUGUAAUUUUAUCUUUUACUGUAUCAGUGAUAUCAACUAUAAAUUGGAACUUGCCAUCUGCCUGUACAAGAAUGAAAGCACUUUGUGCUGCUGUGGCUACUGACCUUCCACAUCCCUGAAGGGAAUUCAGGGUGGACACCAGGAAUGAGGCACUCUGUGCUUUGGAGGAUGGGUAGAACAGGUCUUCAGAUAGUUAGAUGUUUUCAGGGCUGAUUUUAUGAGCCCAACCCUUGCAUCUCCUCAUAUCUAGAAAAGUGCGAAAUCCCUACAUGGUGACGUCUACUCCUCAUGACUAGCAGAAACCCCCUACAAAAAAAUGUGUUUGAUUGCAUGUACUCCUCCUUUAUCAAGAAUACAUAUACACUAAUCUUCACCCUGCCUCUUUGGAACAGUUUCUCAGAGCUAUGUGGGAUGCUGCCUCCCGGGUGGCAGUCCUCAUUUUGCCCCAAAUAAACUCAACUCACAACGCUCA